UUCAUGUGUUAUGUUGUUUGGAAACAGGAAAGAAUCGGAGGCUGAAGCAGGCGAAAGAAGAAGCCCAGGCAGAGAUUGAGCAGUACCGCCUGCAGAGGGAGAAGGAGUUCAAAGCCAAGGAAGCAGCGGCCCUUGGAUCUCAUGGCAGCUGCACCACUGAAGUUGAGAAAGAGACCCAGGAAAAGAUGAGCGUGAUCCAGCAGAACUUCCAGAAGAACCGUGAGGUGGUCCUCUCCCAGCUGUUGUCACUAGUGUGUGACAUCAAACCUGAAAUCCAUGUGAAUUACCGCAUCAAUGGGUAGUAGUGGAAGAAGGAAUAAGCAUACUGGAAAUGCUGGUAGUAACGUCUGAGCUUCAGGUGGAAUGUACAGCUCUUAGCCAUACCUUAACUGUUCUUGUAAAUGUGUUAAAUUAUUUCAGUGAAUUGUAGGUCAUCAAUAUCUUGUUGGAGUUCUGUUAGUUUCUUUCUUGACACGGAUUCAGAACUUAUUCAAACAUUAAACGUCUCAAAUCAGUGCAAGUUAUUAAAUAUAUAUUCAAGUUGGCCCAUUAAUGCUCCCUUUUUAUCUGGAUUGUAUUCAGUGAGAGGCCUUCCUCUGAGAAGUAGAAGGGAGAGAGAGAUGCUGACCUGUGUAACUGUAUUCUUGAUGACCAAAAUGCAUUUUUUCAGUGUGGUGUUCACAUUUGUGCAGGGGUUAAACCUUGUAAGAAUAAUUCUCUGGCUGUACAGUGCUGGCUGAUAAUUUUCAGGUGCUUGAGUUUCUCUGUAUUGAAUAUCCUCUGUAUAUUCUGCUGUUAGCUUGAGUUACAAGUCUG